AUGUUGUUAAAGAGACAAGUCGAAAAUCUGUACAAGAAGGUCAGGUGUGUGGGCGGGCCAUCCCCGGCGUCGGGUCUGGCCCUGGCGCUGCAGGCCCCGGCGCCGAAACCUGGAACCCAACGAUCGAAUCGGAAAAACUCGAUUUCCAAUUAUUCCGCCCUCCCGGCAGCACCCGGGUAUGCGGACCACACACCUCAGUCUAGCUCCCAUCACCACUACAGUCAAUCGACGACGACGACCCCGACGCUCCACCAAACGACACAACCCCCUUUCCCCCCGAUCGGCGGACACGGCUCCUUCACAAAUCGCCGUCAAUCGAACACGAAACCUCUCUCCCCACCGAACAUCCCGAACAACACCACGCACAAUGGUCGGCAGGAUCCUCUUCUGGAGCGGCUUCGGGCAACAACAGGCUUCGCCGUCCGCUUCUGGCAGAUGGGCAUCGAGAUGCGCCCCUUCUUCAACAAGGAGUCCCUCUGGGCCUACCCGAUCUACAUGGCCGGCGGCGGCAGCUUCGGCUACUGGCUCCAGGGCGUCGACGACCGGCAGACGGCGUUCUUGAACGAGCGCAAGUCGAUUCUGCUCGAGAAGCGCGCGAGGGCGGCGUCGCGCAAGGCGGACGAGGCCCAGCAAUAG